GGCUGAGAGUAGAGAUGGUGUUCUACGCAUCUCCCAUUUCAAACCAGUUUAACCAGCAUGCGAACCGGGAAGAGACAUGACAGCGCACGCACAAGACAAGGCGUCCCGUCCUCUCUUUCUCCCCAUCCUGUUCGGACCUGGCAAAGGAAUUUGUUGCUAUAUUCUCCUGUUUUCUGUCUGCGCUUUAUGCUACAGUAACUCUUUGCAAGGGGAGUUUGUACAUGAUGAUGUGUGGGCUAUCAGUAACAAUCCUGAUGUCAGACCCGGCUCCAGUAUGAAAAACAUAUUUUUCAACGACUUCUGGGGCAAGAGAAUGGCCGAUAACACCAGCCACAAAUCAUACAGACCCCUCUGUAUUCUCACUUUCAAACUGAAUAUUCUACUGAGCGGCAUGACACCCUUAUGCUUCCAUGUGGUGAAUGUAUUCUUGCACUGCACAGUGACUGCCCUGUUGAUGUAUACCUGUGAGAAGACUGUGUUUGAUGACAGUCGCCUGGCCUUCCUUGCAGCGCUGUUGUUUGCUGUUCACCCUAUACACACAGAAGCGGUGUCUGGAAUUGUUGGGAGAGCAGAUGUAUUGGCCUGCUUUUUAUUCCUUUUGACAUUUCUCUCUUAUAUUGAGAGUGUAGAUCCAAGUUGUCUUGGGGAACGAUUCCCUGCUACAGCCUCCUCUUGUGCCCUCUUGCUGAGUCUGUUCCUGGGGACCUGUGCAAUGCUGCUGAAGGAAACUGGAAUCACUGUUUUUGGAGUGUGCCUGGUUUACGAUUUGUUGGUUUUAUGCCAGAAGCAACUUAAUGUGUAUAUGUCUUCUGCCACGAUCAAAGGUCUCUUGAGAGUGUCUGGACCGUUUUUUAAAAGAGCCACAGUUGUUACUGUCUAUGUGAUUGUUAUCAUGUUCUUUCGCCUGUGGAUGAUGGGAGGAUCGAUGCCUUUAUUCUCUGAACAAGACAACCCAGCAUCGUUCUCUCCACACCUACUCACAAGAUUCCUGACUUAUUCGUACCUUCUGGCCUUCAACGCCUGGCUUCUGCUGGCACCGAUCGUGCUGUGCUAUGACUGGCAGGUGGGGAGCAUCCCGCUGGUGGAGUCUGUGUGGGAUGUUCGAAACGUAGCGACAGUCCUUUUUGGAGUUGUGAUGAUAUGCUUGUGCCUACAUUGCCUUACAUCACUGCAGAAAAUGAACAACAGAGAGGUGUUAGUGGGGAUCCUGUUCCUGGUUUUCCCAUUCAUUCCUGCCAGCAAUUUAUUCUUCAGAGUAGGCUUUGUAGUUGCAGAAAGAGUUCUCUACAUGCCCAGCAUGGGGUACUGCAUCCUGGUGGUCCAUGGCUUUAACAAGCUGUGCACCUUAAUGGGUAAAUUGGGAACAACUGCCCUGACUGUGUCCAUGCUGCUGCUUCUGUUGCUGUUCUCAUGGAAGACAGUGCAGCAGAAUGAAAUCUGGUUUUCCAGAGAAUCUCUCUUCAGAUCUGGAAUUCAGACUUUACCCCACAAUGCCAAGGUGCACUACAACUAUGCCAACUUCCUGAAAGACCAAGGACGAAACCCAGAAGCUGUUUAUCACUACCAGACCGCUCUCAAACUGUACCCACGCCAUGCAAGUGCUCUGAAUAACCUGGGAACCCUGACUAGAGACCCAGUGGAAGCAGAGCUGUACUACAGACAGGCUCUGCGCAUAAACACACAGCACAACCGGGCACUAUUCAACCUCGGGAAUCUCCUCAAAUCCCAGGGAAAGAAGACGGAGGCUGAGCAGCUGCUGAGAGAUUCCAUUCAGUUUGGCCCCCAGUUUGCAGAUGCCUAUUCUAGUCUUGCAUCACUGUUCGCUGAGCAGAAACAAUUUGAAGAAGCAAAUAAAAUAUACCUGCAUGGAAUUGAAAACUGUCCAGACAGUUCUGAUCUGCAUAAUAACUAUGGAGUUUUUUUGGUGGACACAGGAGAUGGGGAUAGAGCAGCCACGCAUUACCAGCAAGCCAUUAGACUCAAACCCACACAUUAUGUAGCUAUGGUGAACCUAGGAAGACUGCUUCGAUCCUCCAAUCAGAACAAAGAGGCUGAAGCCUGGUACAAAAAGGCUUUGCAGAUCACUCGUAAGGUUGAAAUAUUGACCCCCCUUGGGGCACUCUACUAUAACACUGGGAGAUAUGAAGAGGCGCUGCAGGUCUAUAGAGAGGCUGCUGCACUUCAGCCAGACAACAGUGAGAUCUGGCUGGCAUUGGCCCAGGUCUUGGCUAUGGCUGGUCGAACAAAAGAAGCAGAGAAGAUGACUCUUGAGAUCAUAUCCAAGAACUUGGCCUGUAUAGAUUGUUAUCGGCUCUUAUCUGCAAUUCACAACAAGUGGGGAAGUCAUAAUGAGGCUCUUGAUGCUCUGGAAAAAGCCAUCCAGGUCAAUCACAAGGACCCCAGGGUCAAGGCUGAGCUGUUCUUUUCAAAAGGAAACCAACUGAGAGAAAUGAAUCUUCUUGACCUUGCUUUUGAGAGCUAUAAGCAAGCAGUGGCAUUAAACCCAGAUCAGUCACAAGCCUGGAUGAACAUGGGAGGAAUCCAGCACAUCAAGGGUGACUACAUAUCAGCUCGGGUAUAUUACUCAAAAGCCUUACAGCUGUCUCCGGGCAGCAAGCUUCUGAAAGAGAACUUGGCCAAGCUGGACCGCUUAGAAAAGCAACUUCAGGGAGAGAAAGAAGAUUUUCAGCUUAAGACCUGAAUAAGCAAAUAUAUUGCCAGAAGAAGAAACCAGGAUGACCAGAACUGGAUUAGGAGACCUAAUCAGGUACUUUGGGUGUACUGCCAAAUCAGGACAAAGAAAUUAUGGAGAGGAUUUGUUCCUUUUCUGGUAUCUGAAUAUCAAGGAGAAAAGAACACCUACACAUGUGCUGAAAGUUUGGGGUAGCCUGUGAGCAUGGAAACAAUGUUUUCUCAGAUAACAUCACUAUAUUAAAUGAAUACUUUAAAGUUUUGAGAAGCUUAUUUUAAUGUGUUUACUCCACAUUGUUAAAGUUCUUAUUUUUUUACUUGGUGUACAAUGGACUUCUAUGGAGAGCUUGGGAAGUCAUAAAUUACCUUCAGUAAAAGCCUGGAGUUAAUUGAUUUAACGAUUUUCCCAGAAAAACAAUAAUGAUCAAGUCAAUGGUAUAAAACCCAGAGCAGAAGCAAACAUGUGACAUUACAUAUUCUGCUACAACAAUUAGAAAAGGUGGGAGCUGCAGUAUUUUUUAUUGAAUGUGGUUUUGUAAAUUUUGACCAAAGGCAGUUGGUACCAGCAAAUAACUAUUUUUUCCAUUGAUUUUUUAAUCACCCUUCCAUUUUCAAUACAUUUUCUUUAGCUUGACCUAUCUGGGCAUUGCAUACCCAGUAUUCUCAAUAUGCUUUCUUUUAUUUCUUUUUUUUUAAUAAUAUUUAAAUAAUAUAAUAUUUCCAAUCCUGAAAUUUUACUUACUGUACAUUUAAAGACAAAAAUACACUGUAACAGUCAACUUCUUUUAAUGGCACCGAGUCAUUUAGAUUAAUUGAAUAACCCCACUGCUUGAAUCAUGUGAUUACUCUGAAGCCAUACUGAUAUAAAUCCUACGCAUAAUUUGGCAUGACAAACACUUAUUGUGAAUUGACCCACUGAGAAUCAGAAGAAGCCAAAAAGAAUCACAAGAGAGUACAAAAAUUAGGACAGGGUUGUAAAAAUUAAGCCCAGGUGACCCUAAAUAAAAGACAAAAUGCAUACUAAAAUGUAUGAUGAAUGUAGAGAAGUUUUAGUGUUCUUUUCUGGGAAUAAAAAAAUGUAUUAAUAUGGAAGUAUUUUAUUAUUUAUUUCUGAAACUUCUUUUUUUUUAAAUUUGCAUUUAGAGCUGCAUAUCAGCUCAAAGUGAGGUGAAAAACAAGUAAAAAAUGUAAAAUAUGUUCUGUUAUUUAUUGUAACUUAUUAUAAAAAAAAGUGUAUAAUUAAUUUUCAUUAUCAUUAUUACUGUUGCAUUUUUUAUUCUGAAUGUGUUAAACCAGGUUGUGAUUUUAUUUUAAACCACAGUAUUACUAAGAUAAUAUUGUAAAAAUGCUAAGUACAGUAUGCACUCUCUCGCUAAUCCAACCUCGGCAGUCCGAACUGACCAUAAAUAACAUGAACCCUGCAAUCAUAAUGAAAUGCAUGCUGAUCACAAGUAAAUUGUUGAUGAAAUAUAAGUUGGGGAAAAAAGCAAAACAAAACAUAAAACAAAGAUAUUUUUAGUAUUACACAGAUUCUGAAAAACAAGCAACUAACCUGAACACGAUGUGGUCCCAGCUGGUUUUGAUUAGUGAGAACCUACUGUAUCUGAUAAUGAGAUGUGCUCUUGCUCUCAGACGGCUUCAUGCCAAGCAUUAGGGGAAAUUGGCACACACUUCAAAAUAGGGCCUUGUUGCCGGUAUAUCAUGUAAUCACAGCUGCCUUUCAUAUACCUAAACUGCAUGUGCUUGCUACCUCCAAUCAUAUUGAGAGUGAUUCCCUAAACAUACUUGUCUGUGACAUGAAGGAUGCAAGAUGAACGUUAGGUUACUUACCAUAACCCUGGUUCCAUGAAAGAGAAGACGACCACCAAAACAUUCUUAUGGGAUCUGCCUUCCUAUUGGUAGGUAGUCACUGAGCUCUGUAUAUCAGAGCUGCCGAUAGGCCCCUUCCUGGGGAGACGUCCAUAGUCCCGUCUACCGAGGGAUUAAACAGUCAGUCCACGGAAGCCAUGUUCUCUUUUUACAUCCAGUAAACCAGUUGUCCGGCUGGAUGGACUGGAGAAUGUGACGUUGGGUCAGCAUUUGCAACCUCCUCUCAUUCAAAAACUGGUUGAGGAGUCUCAGGUCUUGGAUGGAACGAAAUCCGCCGUCCUUCUUGGGUACUAGAAAGUAUAUUGAGUAGAACCCCUCUCUGUGGGAGUUGGGAUCUACAAGACAAAUGGCUUGCUUGCACAGCAAGGCAGCCACUUCCUUCUGGAGUACCAAGACCUGAAGAGCAGUGGGGGGCAGCUAAAGCAGCAGUGCCUACCCUGACCGCAUGUAGUAACACACCUGGUCAGCGCAUAGCAUAUACCAGGGAGGCACACAGACUAAAGCCUCAGUGGGCGAAUUGAAAAACAACAGGAGGAAACACACUUUUUUUGUGUGUGUGUGUGUGUGGGGGGGGUGGGCAUGAGGUUUCCUGGCGAGGUCUACUCUACACCGAAAAAAGCUCUUUUCAAAUACUCUCAGUUUGUACACAGAGGUCUUACCUUACUGUCUUGAGAAGCAGAAAUAGAACACGGCUUCCGUGGACUGACUGUUUAAUCCCUCGAUAGACGGGACCGAGGAUGUCACCCCAGGAAGGGACCUAUUGGCAGGUCUGAUAUAAAGAGCUCAGUGAAUACCUGCCAAUAGGAAGGCAUCUCAUAAGCAUGUUUUGGUGGUUGUCUUAUAAUUGAAAGGGAACCAAGGUAUCUGACAGCAAAUACGUAGGAAAAUAUAAGUAAAAAUGUGCUUGAAAGUUUCCAUUUUUCACCUGUGUUCCUAAUUGAUUUCUAAUCCUAUCCUGUUAUUUAAACUCUUGACAGAAUUCUAAAGAAAUUGUCAGUGAGGUGACACAUAAGUGUAGUCACCACUCAUAAGUUUAAAUGGGGACAUGACAACAUUAUGAUUUUAUUUUGAAUGUUGCAUCCUCAUUACUAAAGUUCAAUUAUUUUAGUAGACAGACAUAGAAUUACCACAGUUCUAGCAUCCUUCAUCAUUACUCACCCCUGGUACUCCUUCAUGUACUAAUGCUGCCUGCCGCAUUUAUUAUGUUAUUUCAUGGCCUACUCCUUACAACAAACUAAAUGAAGACAUUUUUGUUUUGUUUUUCGGAUUUUCUAUACUAUAUGUUCAUGUGGCAUUUCACUGUAAAAAGUUUGUGUAGUAUCAAUUGAUAUUACUGUAUUAUGCAAUGUAAUAAAACCUUUUUUUGAUACCUGUUUCCUUAUUAUUGGAGCACACCAGCAGCCUGAAUGUCAACAAAUAUUCAAUAUUUCCAUACCUGCAGCUGAAUACAACCUAAUUGGCAUUUUUCCUUUGUUGUACCUUGUCAGAGCCAACCUUUGCAGACCUGUCAACUCUC